AUGCCCCGCAAGGCGAUUGACUCGCGGAUUCCCGCUCUUAUUCGGAAUGGUGUGCAGGAGAAGAAGCGCAGCUUCUUCGUGGUUGUUGGCGACCAUGCCAAAGAUGUGAUCGUGCAUCUUCACUAUAUCAUGUCCAGCGUGGACGUGAAGCAGAACAAAUCGGUACUUUGGGCGUACAAGAAAGACCUUCUUGGCUUUACGAGUCACCGGAAGAAGCGCGAAAUGAAGAUUAAGAAGGAGGUCAAGCGUGGCAUUCGCGAACCGAACCAAGAAGACCCAUUCGAACUUUUCAUCACCCUCAACCAGAUCCGCUAUGUAUACUACAAGGAAACCGAGAAGAUUUUGGGUAACACCUAUGGCAUGUGUGUGUUACAAGACUUCGAGGCCAUGACUCCCAAUUUGCUUGCACGAACCGUCGAGACCGUCGAGGGUGGAGGUUUGGUCAUCCUGCUUUUGAAGAGCAUGACCAGUUUGAAGCAACUUUAUACCAUGUCCAUGGAUAUUCACUCGCGAUACCGAACAGAAGCACACGAUGAUGUUGUAGCUCGAUUCAACGAGCGAUUCAUCCUGUCCCUCGGAAGCUGCGAUUCGUGUCUGGUGGUCGACGACGAGUUGAACGUGUUGCCCAUCUCCGGCGGCAAGACCGUGAAGCCCCUCCCGGCCCCCGAAACAACGGACGAGUCAGCUUUUGGCACGAAGAAGGAAUUGAAGGAAAUCAAGGAGAGCUUGGCGGACUCGAAGCCCGUGGGCCCUCUGCUCAACUUGGCUCGCACCGUGGAUCAAGCGAAGGCGCUUCUGACCUUUGUUGAUGCAAUCGCUGAAAAGACGCUGAAGAGCACUGUUACACUGACUGCCGGUCGUGGACGAGGAAAGUCCGCCGCUCUCGGUGUCGCCAUCGCCGCGGCUGUCGCUCACGGCUACAGCAACAUCUUCAUCACUUCUCCCAGUCCAGAGAACUUGAAGACACUCUUCGAGUUCAUUUUCAAGGGCUUCGAUGCACUUGGAUAUCUCGACCAUGUUGACUACACCAUCUUGCAGUCGACAAACCCCGACUUCAACAAGGCUGUUGUGCGCGUGAACAUUCACCGCAAUCACCGUCAAACCAUCCAGUACAUCCAGCCUCAGGAUGCGCAAGUCUUAGGACAGGCAGAGCUUCUCGUUAUCGAUGAGGCUGCAGCUAUCCCUCUACCAUUGGUGCGCAAGCUGAUGGGACCUUACCUGGUGUUCAUGUCCUCCACUAUUAAUGGAUACGAAGGCACGGGCCGGUCCCUAUCUCUGAAGUUGAUUCAGCAACUGCGGGAACAAUCUCGAAGUGGAGUCAAGACAGACGACACCGACGUCGCCGACCGCAGCACAGGCAAGUCAGCCAAGGGUGCCGACAAGAACCUCAGCGGCCGAACCUUGAGAGAAAUCACUCUUACAGAGCCCAUUCGAUAUGCCCCGGGUGAUUCUGUCGAGAAAUGGCUGAAUAAGGUCCUCUGCCUUGACGCAACUCUUCCCAAGUCGCACAUGAACACACAAGGCUGCCCUCACCCCUCGCAGUGCCAGCUGCUUCAGGUCAACCGUGAUACCCUAUUCUCCUUCCACCCUGUCUCCGAGAAGUUCUUGCAGCAGAUGAUGGCGCUCUAUGUUGCCAGUCACUACAAGAACACACCUAACGACCUUCAGCUUAUGAGUGACGCACCCGCUCAUCAACUCUAUGUGCUCGUCCCGCCUAUUGAUGAGGGGGCCACCAAGCUUCCCGAGCCACUUUGCGUCAUUCAGGUCGCUCUCGAGGGUCGCAUCAGUCGCCAAAGUGUGCUCAACAGUUUGAGCCGUGGCCAGCGCGCAGGAGGUGAUCUCAUUCCCUGGUUGGUCAGCCAGCAGUUCCAGGAUGAGAACUUCGCCAGUCUCUCGGGUGCUCGUGUUGUCCGUAUAGCGACUAACCCCGAGUAUGUGGGUAUGGGAUACGGUUCCCGAGCUAUGGAGCUUCUGGUCGACUUCUUCGAGGGCAAGUUCACCAACUUGGAGGAGGAGGCCACUACCGCCGAAGAGCAAAUGGUCCGUGUUACGGACGAAGAGCUCGCCGGUUCUAGCCUCUUGGAUGACAACGUCCAUGUCCGAGACAUUCGCUCCAUGCCCCCGCUAUUCGGCAAGCUGACCGAACGUCGCCCUGAUGUCCUUGACUACAUUGGUGUCAGCUACGGUCUUACCCCAUCCCUCCACAAGUUCUGGAAGCGCGGUUCUUUUGUCCCGGUGUAUCUUCGUCAGACCCCCAACGAUCUCACAGGAGAGCACUCUUGCGUGAUGGUUCGCACCCUCUCCACCGGCGAGACUGACGACGCCUGGUUGAGCGCCUACGCGCGCGACUUCCACAAGCGAUUCCUCUCGCUGAUGUCCUACCAAUUCGGGCAGUUCCCGUCUGUCCUCUCCCUCAGCAUCUGCGAGUCUGCCAACUCCGGUGCCAAGAAGGACCCGAAGUUCAAGCCGCGCGUGCUACAGAAAUCCGACCUCGAUGCCGCUUUCUCGCCCUUUGAUCUCAAGCGUCUAGAUAGCUACGCCAACAACCUCUUAGACUACCACGUCAUCCUGGACCUGGUCCCUACUCUCUCCGACUACUACUUUGGAAACCGUCUCGAUGGCAAGGUCAGCCUCUCCGGCGUGCAGCAAUCCAUUCUCCUCGCCAUCGGUUUGCAGCACAAGAACCUCGAUGACCUUGAGAAGGAGCUGAACCUCCCCUCCUCUCAGCUCCUUGCUAUGUUCCUCAAGAUUGUCCGCAAGAUUUCCACCCACUUCCGCAAUCUCAUCGAGAACGAUAUCGAGCAAUCUCUGCCCGCACAGAAGGUUCGUAUCGAGACCUCUGCCGCUCACGAUGAUGAGCCCGAAGUCAGCCUUCAGCCUCUGCCCAUCAGUCUGGAGGAUGAGCUUCUUGAAGGAGGUAAACAGAUCGAUAAGGAGAUGCUCGCCAAACAGCGCGCUCUGAGCGCAUCUAAUCCUGACGGACCUGACAGUUCCAAGUCCUCUAAGCGCAAGAAGGUCGAGACUGCGCGCGAUAUAUACGACAAGGAGAUUGACUCGAAGAGACAAAAGAUGAUCAAGAAGGGCACCGAGGGCCGCAAAAAGCGCUGA